AUGUCUGGCACCGAACACUCGAAGCCCGCACAGGCUGGUCCAGAGGAUGUACCUUCUGCAGCUCAUCACACCGCCGACAUGUGGCGGACUUUGGUUCACUGGAGCGAUCUCCCCCAUUGGCAACAAGACAAUCAUCAUAUACACGCCAGCUAUCGACGCGCAUCCUACAGCUAUGCGAGAUCAUGGCAAAGUAUAUUUUACUGGCACAAUGAGAGCGUAAAUAUCUGGUCCCAUCUUGUCCCGGGUGCUCUCGCCCUUCCCUUUGGCAUCGUCUUGUACCAGAUCCUCGAGCCUCGCUAUGAGCAGGCAUCUGCGGCAGAUGUGAUUGCGCUGGGAUGCUUCUUCGUGGGCGCGGCCUUCUGUCUUGGGAUGAGCGCUGCCUUUCAUACUGUCUCCAACCAUUCGCCCGCCGUGGCUCGGAUGUGGAAUCAGCUGGACUAUGCUGGCAUCUCUGUACUGAUAGCGGGCUCCUUCAUCCCAAGUGUCUACUAUGGUUUCUGGUGCAAUCCCGAUAGACAGUGGGUCUACUGGACUAUGAUCUGCUCUUUAGGCAUUGCAUGUACAACAACAUCGGUGCUCCCAAAAUUUCGAACGCCGGCGUGGCGGCCAUACAGGGCCUUGAUGUUCGUCGGUAUGGGUGUGUCUGCGGUGUUCCCGGUGCUGGACGGCCUUCUGACCUUCGGCAUGGAAGCAAUGGAAAAGCAGAUUGGCUUGUCUUGGUUGGUCCUGCAGGGUGCUUUGUACAUUGCGGGUGCUGCUCUUUAUGCUGCCCGCAUUCCGGAAUCAUGGUAUCCUGGCAAAUUCGACACGUUGGGGAGCUCCCAUCAGAUCUUUCAUAUCCUCAUUGUGUUUGCAGCAAUGUCACAUCUGAAGGGACUAUUGAAAGCUUUUGACUAUCGACAUGGAAUCAUGGGUUCCACGUGCAUCUGA